CACACACACUCAGCUUAACCAAACAGUGUUCAAUGAGCUUCGUGUCUGGACAGAUUUGAAUUCAGAGCUGCUUCCCUUUUCACCCACCCCACCAAAAAUCCACAUUCUGUUGGGCGUUGCAUGUUGCUGCCAGAGGAACCCACUGUUGAGGCUGAUCAUGGGUGGUGCCAGAGGUAAAAGUGUUCUGGAUUAAUCUGAAAUAAAAACAUCAGCUAAUUUUUCAGUAAACAAAACAUUGCCCUUUCCAGUCAUUCUGAAACUAUAUAGAAAAUGGAGAGAGAGAGAGAGAGAGCUGUUUUAGAAACCAGGAAGAAUAAAGCAAGAGUAUGAGGCACUUAUCCUCUUUAGUGCAAGACGCAUUAGUUGUCAACUAACUCCUGAACUGGCCAGCUCUGGUUUGGUCUGGAUCUCUAAGCCAGGACUGCAAACCAGCUUUAAAUGUUGGCUUUCAGUCCUGGCUUGGGGGGCGGGGGAGCACAAACCAGCACUUGCCAGUUCAGGUGCAGUUGCAAACUACGGGCCUUGUGUUUUGUUUUAAAAAAGAAGAGGCAAUCCUUUGAACUGGAGCACAUGGCUUGUUUAUCUUAAUUCCAAACCAUGGUUUUUCAUGGUAUGUGAAUUGACCUCAAAUGUUGUAUAAGCCCAGUAUUGUCCACUACUGGCUGCCAUUAGCUUUUGGGAUCUUGGGCAGCCCAACCUUUACUCCAUGUGACAGAUGUUUGGGGGUACUGUUCCUCCUAAGGUCGCCUGGCCAUUGCCCUCUGCAGGAGGACAGGACAUGGGUGUGUCCUUGCCCCCUAAAAGACCUUGCUGCCUUGGGUGUAGUGGAGGAUAUUAUCUCAUCACCAGCCUUUAAUUAAGGUUCAACUGCCAGCUUAGUUGGUAUCUGUAUGGGGAUUGGGGGAAAGUGUGUAAUCUUCUCUGCCUUAGGCAGUGAAAUGCCUUGGGCUGGCCCUCUCCAGUAGAGUAUUUCCCAUCACCUCCCAUUUUAGCUGGAGGUGCCAGGUAUUGAACCAGGAAUCUUUCACAAGGGCUCAACCACCAAGCUCUACAUGGCUUCUAAAUACCAGUUACUAGCAACUGCAGGGCAGGGGAGAGUUGUCUUGCACUCAUGUCCUGCUUUUGGGCUUCUCAUGGGCAUCUGCUUGGCCAUUAUAAGAACAGUAUGCUGGACUAGAUGGGCCCACUGGCCUGAUCCUGCAAUGAUCUUCUUAGUCUCUCUCCAGAGUGAAUAUGGUAGGAGUUGGGUUGUCCUGUACCAAGGCUGAAGAAUCCUGUAACUUUUUUUAAAGCUGACACAGAAAAUGCUACCAGGGUUGUCGUCUUCACCUUGAGUCAUGGCCUCUGCUGGAUUCCAGAUCAUGGGCAUGGCCCUGACAGUGGUGGGCUGGAUCGGGACCAUCAUAACCUGUGCCCUGCCCAUGUGGAAAGUCUCCGCUUUCAUUGGCAACAACAUUGUCGUGGCGCAGAUCACCUGGGAAGGGCUGUGGAUGAACUGCGUGGUGCAGAGCACCGGGCAGAUGCAGUGCAAGGUCUACGACUCCAUGCUGGCCCUUUCUCAGGAUGUGCAGACGGCCCGUGCCCUGAUGGUCAUCUCUGUGCUCCUGGCUGCUCUGGCUCUGAUGGUUGCCAUCGUGGGGGCCAAGUGCACCAACUGCGUCGAAGACGAGGACACCAAGGCCCGCAUAAUGAUUGUCUCUGGCGCAGUCUUCAUCGUGGCAGGGAUCCUUUGCCUCAUCCCCGUGUGCUGGUCAGCCAACACCAUCGUCCGCGAGUUCUACAACCCAAUGGUGAUCGACGCCCAGAAGAGGGAGCUGGGAGCUGCCCUUUACAUCGGCUGGGCGUCUUCUGCCUUGUUGAUCCUCGGAGGAGCUCUGCUCUGCUGCAAUUGCCCCAAGAAGGAGGGCAACAACUACAGCGCCCGGUACACAGCCGCUGCCUCUCAGCCCCACAGUGAUUACCCCAGCAAGAACUACGUCUAGGAACACCACCUCCGGAAAACAAAGCUGUCAUCACUACUGCUUGGGUCCUCUUUGGAGGAGCCGAGAUGCAUCUCUCCUGGGGCUCUGCAGAGAAUAUCCAUCCAUCCAAAGAACAGAACAUCUGAUAGUCCCAUCACUUUCCAAUGUGCUUGUCCCAUCAGUAUUUUCCCCCACCCCCAAAUGUUACCACUACAUUAUUGUAUGGACUUGCCUACGGAAGUCAGAGCUCUGCUUCUAGAGAACAUUUUCUACUCUUAACUGGUUCUCCUCGAUGUAGGUAGAAGAGAUGUUGGACCUCGGGGGGCAGGAGAAAGUCAUUUCCAAGUAGUUCUUAAUGAUCAAUGUGGUUUUUGUUUUUAGGUUUCCUGGGUGCUCAUCAGGAGACUAAAACUACUAAUAUUGUCCUGGACGUCACCGUUCAAUAUGGUCUCCAUUUGGGGGCAGAAGUAGGUGGUGGAAACGGGUACUCCAGAAAUGAGUUUAUAAAGCUGUGAUGUGUUGUACGAUGUUGUUUGUAAACAAAGGUGAUGUGGUCUUUUUUCCCAUUUUGCUAACUCACUGCAAUUCACCAUGCAUGCAUUUCAUAUUGAAUGCCAUUUUAUUUCUGUUUUUUAUUAGUAUGACCUGAAUAAAAUUUACAGGCUUUUGUAUAUAACAGUUGUUAUUGGUUAUUA